AAGUUUGCGGACGAUGCGGUAGUGUUAAGACUCAUCUCCAACAACGAUGAGACGGCCAAUCUGAAUGAAGUUGAGGAGCUGACAUCAUAGUCUCCCUGGCGUGGACAUCCUUGACAGAAGCUUCUCACCUCUCCUCAACAUCACCAUGGCUACUCUCUCCAUGUCGGUCUCCAAGGCAUCCGUCAGCAGGGGAUCCGUCAGCAGAGGGUCCAUCAGCGGCGCAUCCAUCAGCGCUGGAUCCAUCAGCGGAGGAUCCUCUCGCGUCUCCCUUGGCGGUGGUGCCCGUCUGAGCAUCAUGAGGGCCGGUAGCCUGUACGGCGGCGGUGCUGGUAGUGUGUACGGUGGCGCCGGCGGCUCCGGGGUGCGCGUCUCCGGUUCGUCCCGCCUGCUGUCCAUGGGAGGUGGAGGCGGUGGCGGUUUCGGCUUCGCCAGAGGAGCUGGGGGCGGCUUCAGCCUGGCGGCGUUGCAGGGAGGCGUCGUGAGCAGCAACGGGAAAUUCACCAUGCAGAACCUCAACGACCGUCUGGCCGCCUACCUGGUCAAGGUGCGCACCCUGGAGAAGGCCAACGCCGAGCUGGAGCUGAAGAUCAGGCAGUUCCUGGACACCAGGGCCACCCCUGAGGCUCACGACUACAGGGGCUUCCUUACUGUCAUCGCAGACCUGCAGACAAAGAUCAAUGGCUUCAUCAACUCCAAAGGAAGCAUGCACCUGGGCAUUGACAAUGCUAAUCUGGCUCUCGAUGACUACAAACUCAAGUAUGAGAACGAGGUCGCCAUUCGCCAGACCAUCGAGGCUGAUGUCGCCGGCUUGAAAAAUGUACUGGCGGACAUCACCUUCGCCAAGUCGGACCUCACUGCCCGUUUGACUGGCCUGGUAGAAGACCUGGGCGUCGUCAAGAAGAACCACGCGGAGGACCUGCUCGCCCUGCGCGCCCAAGUCGGGCACCAGGUCAAGGUGGACGUGGACGCUGCACCCCAGCAGGACCUCUCUGUUGUCCUGGCAGGAGUCCGCCAGCAUUACGAAGCCGUGGCCGCCAAGAACAAGCAGGAGCUCGAGGCGUGGUUCCAUGCCAAGACGGAGGGCUUGAAGAAGGAGGUCACCACCAGCACCAGCACCCUGCAGGUCAGCAGCUCUGAAGUGACCUCCAUGAAGAGCACUGUCCAGGCCCUGCAGAUUGAGCUCAUGUCCAUCUCCAGCAUGAAAGCCUCUUUGGAGUCCACUCUUGCUGAGACAAAGACCCAGUACGCAGGCAUGAUUUCUGGGUUCCAGUCUCAGGUGAGCAGCCUGGAGGCCCAGCUAGCCCAGCUGCGUAUCAACCUGGAGAGCCAGAGCUCAGAGUACAAGAUACUCCUGGACAUCAAGACCAGGCUGGAGCUGGAGAUCGCCGAGUACAGGAGACUGCUGGAUGGUCAAUUUAGCAGCUCCUCCUCCUCCUCCUCCUCCACCAGGACCAAAUACGUCACUGUUGUGGAAGAGGUGGUUGAUGGGAAGGUUGUGUCAUCCUCGUCGUCCAGUUCCAAUUACUUGGGCCGCAUCGCCUAAUUGCCCAGCUGUUGCCUCUUGCCAACUGUUUGAGA